AUGUCGCAAUCAACGCCAACUUUCAAAAGCUGCCUCAGAAACUCAACGACGUCGUCCUUUCGAGUGGAGAAGAAGCGCGUCCGUUUCAAUAGCCAAGACCAAGUGCGCACCUUCCAGCGUCGCUACGAUGAACUAACAACUCCACCUAGAACUCCCACCGCAUCCAAGACCUGCUCAGGCUUCGAAGACGAUGACUACAUUGUCGACCUGCACCUCGAGCAAGCCAAAAUCCACAAGCGCAUGUCCAGACAGAAGACCAUCAUGGAUCGAGAAUUUCUCCGCAGGUUACUUAUCCCCGGUACUGAGCUCUGCCAGUUGCUCCGGCAGAUGCUCUACCAGCGAAGGAAGAAGAAGAAUGCUUACUUGUACAGGCAGAAGAACCGACGUUUCCAGAAACGCCAAGGCAGAGUACGAGGUAAAGGUCGUGUCAGGAAGCUUCACUGGGAGUUUGCGCAGAGGGUCAAGAACCGUCUUCAGCGAGGUGGUCGGUACAUUGUUUCACUGCUUCAGCGUGGCUGGAACCUCAACAACAGAUAUAGGGCUAUGUGA